CUUCAUUCAGUUUUUAUAGCCAUUCAUGCAGUGACACAUGAUUCUUUAAAGUGGCUGAAUGACAAUUCAUUCAAUUUGUAGAGCAAAACUGUGCUGAUUUAAUUUAGUCUUUGAUGAGAAUUCUGUCUGAGUGGAUUGAAGUUCUUUUAAAGAAUUUACUAGAUUUAAAAUAAAAAGUAAAUUUUUUUGGAAGAAAGCUAUGAAAAUCUCGACUGUUUUGCUGCUUUUUACCAUCGUCACAACAUCCCUUAAAUGCAGCUUUUGUCAGCGCAUUGUUGAAGGACAUGUCACAGAUUCCCUUUGGUUCCGUUUCAAUAUGAGAUUGUGGACCUUCAGAAUCAACUCAAAUGAUGCCAUCCUCGUUGAGAAUGGAGAAAUUUCGACGACAAAAAAUGAAGCAAUCAAGGCACUGACAUUCAAUAAUAACAAAAAUAUUAAAUUUCCGCCAGUUAAAGUUCAUGAAAAGUUUCCAAAUUUGGUUGCAUAUCAGAUUUUUAAUUGUUCUGUGAAGGAUGUGAGGCACAAGAAUUUUGAGCAUUUGAGUGAAAUUCAAGCUGUAUAUUUGGGAUACAAUUUAAUUACUCAUAUUUCAUCUGAUACUUUCAUAGAUCUACCAAAAUUAAAGUUUCUAAGUCUACAAGGCAACCAGCUUCAAAGCAUCGAUGGGCACAUGUUUGAAAAUUUAAAGAAUUUAAAAGAACUCUUCCUUAAUGAUAACCACAUUAAUUUUAUCUCAAGAUCAGCUUUUGAUGAUUUAACAGAGCUAAGAAAUAUUUCAAUUGCUGAAAACAAAAUUGAGUACUUGACUGAGGAGCAUUUUCAGAAAAAUACAAAACUAGAAAAUAUAUUUUUAAAUCGCAAUAAAAUUAGGUCGUUGAGUCCAACAAUGUUUGAUAAUAUGAAACUUCUGGUCGGUGUGAAUUUGAAGGAUAAUUUGUGUAUCGAUGGAGACUUCUAUGUUGAUAUUGAGCAUUGCAUUACAAGGUUUUCUGAACUGAAAGAGAAAAUUAAAAAGGAUUGUUAAAAUAUUUGAAUUUUAUUUUAAAA